UUCGAAAAAUAUCUAUCGAUAAAAUUUGCAUUCUGGUCGAUUUUUGUUUCAAUCAAACAAGGAGGUUCGAGAUAUGAGGGAUUGACAAGUUAACAGAGUUUUACAAGAUUUUGAUAGACUAACCAUGGCUCACGGUCGUCCCAGCAAACAUGAAAUUGCCCUAAUUAUAAUCAAUAUGAUGCUCUUAGUAAUAGGACUGGCUUUAAUUAUUGUCGGUGGCUUAGUUGUCAGAGACGUGUCAAGCAUCAACAAAGACCACGUUAGGCUUGUCCUGGAUUCCAUUACAGUAGGUAUCUCUAAAUUAGGCGGCCUGGUCAGCACCCUGUCUAUCCUAAUGAUCCUCAUUGGAGUGCUUAUCCUGGCGGUGACGGGGCUUGGACUUUUUGGAAUCUUUUGUCGAAAUAAGUACAUGUUGAUCACGUACGCAAUUAUAGUGUUGUUACUACUUAUUCCUCAGAUUACAGUCGUAUCUCUAUGGAACAAGAUAGAAACAGAAUUACAAGACAAAAUGAUUGAAGCUUUGGAAAAGAGUUAUAAGGACGAUACAAUACUCGACAGCAAUCCUUUAUCGAAGAGCUGGAAUUUCAUUUUUAUGACGCAAAACUGUUGUGGAGUUACUGGAGUCCAAUCAACGACAAAUGAUUUUGACAAAACAUCUUGGUGCACCACUUCAGGAUCCUGUCAGGCAACAAGUUCACAAAUUCCAAAAGGAUGUUGCAUAAAUAUCACUGAAAGUACAUACAACGCAGCUCCAAGUGAUUGUCAUGCAAGUGUAAACCCUGGAACAUAUCAUUCAAAGGGAUGUUAUGGUGUAAUUAAAGGGGGGAUGCUGUCAUUAACUCCAAGCAUUACUGGUGUUAUAGUCACAGCUACACUUCUUCAGAUUGUUGCUGGGACCUUUGCAUUGUGGUAUUCUUAUCAAUCUAAGAAUGUAUAAGAACCUUAGAGUCGUAACAAAGAAUGCAGUCGAUGUGUGUACUUACAGACAGAACAAGAAUAAAAAGACUGAGUACUUAAGAGUAAAGCGGACUCAAUGAUGUCAUUGCGUAUUAUUUAUAAUAAAAUUCAAUUCCUUUCGCUUGAAGGGUGUAUACAGAUAUGUAUAUCUUCUUUUUAAAAGAGACUAAUGGUUAUUAAUAUAAGAAAAUGUAUCAUUUAUUUUAAUAAAUACUGUUUUUAUCAAACCCCUUUAAUUUUUUUCAAAUUUUAUUUAAGAUGCUUUGAAUUGUUUAAAAUCCAGAUAACACCAUACGGCAUAUAUGUUGUGCCUUUAUGUUUUGAUGUCUACUAACAAAAUAUUCAGACUGAAAUAGCGCCAAAAUACCUUUUUUUUAAUCUUGCUUCAGCUUAUACAAAUGUCAGAUAGCAG